AUGGCACAUCCCAUAGCAAUUCCCAUCAAUAUCAUCAAUAUCCCAGAAAGAGCGGCAGGCAACGACACGGCCACCUUCGUGGAGCACCUUAACCCUCGGCUGUUUGGGGAAGGACAUUUCACAAGUCCGGUCGUAAUUGAGCGAGCGCACCGCCUGGGCAGACCCGCGGACCGGACAAGACCCAUCAUAGCAAAAUUUCUCAACUACAGGCAAAGAGAGAUGGUGCUCCGCUUGGCCAGAGAAAAGCACCCUCUACUUCUAGACGACAACCGCAUCUCAUUCUACCCGGACUACAGCGCUGAGACCCAACGCAACAUGCUCGCAUACAACGAGGUGAAGAAGAAGCUAUGGGAUAAAAACAUCGAGUACGCGAGCCGCUAUCCUGCAAAGCUCAGAGUGCGCCACGAAGGGACAUUCAAGCUUUUCUCAUCACCCGCGGAGGUGGAAAACUUUCUCAGCACUUUGGAAGAUUAA